AUUGCUCUCUCUUUGUUUCCCUUAGCUUUCUCAUUGUACCUCAGUUCGUCUCCCCACCACUUCGGUGGCUUACUUACACUAUGAAAGCCUCGACUGGUCGGGUCAAGUUCUAAUAGAGCUCUCUACAAGCAGCUUAAAACCAGGUUAGUCCUCGCUCUGUCAAUAAUCUCUGUUCAAUGGGCGUUUUUCUCUUCCAUUAGAGCCGUAUUACGCACUUGGGUAUUUUCAGUUUAAUGGCUGGGUGCUCAACUUUCCUUCAGUCCUAUUUGUUCAAAAAUUUCAUCCUGUUACUGAGUUUCUUGGAUUUGUUUUGUAUUGUAACGUUGCGGCGAUAAUGGGAUAUCUCCAGCGUCUUAACAAUGAACUCUGUGGCUUUAUUUGGUGCAAGAAUAGUUAAUAAAUUUACAUGUUUUCUUGUUAUUUCGCGUAAGUUUUGCGACCAUAGUGGUCAUGUUGGUGAAGUCCAUGAUGGGCUUAAUUGCAUUGAGGAGAGUUUGACCAAAGAGUGGGAAAGUUCUGAUUUUGAUUCUGCUACAGUUGAAAAACCCGGUUUUUACGAUCAUGAGUGCUCGGAGGGGCAUUUCUCGGUGAGGAGAAUUUUUGUUGAUAAUGUUAAGUUUGAUGCUGGAAGAAUACUUGAAAUUUUACAGCGUGAUGGUCCUGGUUUUGAUGCAAAAUUGGCUCUCAGCGAGUCAGGAAUUAGGGUUUCAGGGAUACUUGUCAGGGAAGUUCUUUUGGGAAUUUUGAGAAACGUAGAUUAUGCAAACAAGACCAGGUGUGCAAAAUUGGGUUACAAGUUUUUUGUAUGGUCGGGUCAGCAGGAAAAUUUUAGGCACACAGCAAACACUUAUCAUUUGAUAAUGAAGAUAUUUGCAGAAUGUGAGGAGUUUAAGGCAAUGUGGAGGCUGGUUGAUGAGAUGAUUGAGAACGGGUUCCCAACUACAGCACGGACAUUUAACAUAUUGAUUUGUACUUGUGGUGAGGCGGGUUUAGCUAGGAAAGUUGUGGAGAGGUUUAUUAAAUCGAAGACAUUUAAUUAUAGGCCAUUUAAACACUCUUAUAAUGCAGUUCUAUAUUCACUUCUUGCUAUAAAGCAGUAUAGGUUGAUAGAGUGGGUGUAUCAGCAGAUGUCUGAUGAGGGUCAUCCCCCGGAUAUUCUAACUUAUAACAUUAUUAUGUGUGCAAAAUAUAGGUUAGGGAAGUUGGAGCAAUUUCACAGGUUACUUGAUGAAAUGGGUAGAAGUGGGUUUUCCCCUGAUCUUCAUACAUAUAACAUCCUUCUCCAUGUGCUUGGCAAAGGAGAUAAACCACUUGCAGCACUUAAUCUCUUAAAUCACAUGAAAGAAGUGGGUUUUGAUCCACGUGUUCUUCAUUUCACCACAUUGAUGGAUGGCCUGAGCCGAGCUGGAAAUUUAGAGGCAUGCCAGUAUUUUUUUGAUGAGAUGAUCAAUAGAGGGUGCAUGCCUGAUGUGGUUUGUUACACCGUUAUGAUAACAAGUUACAUAGUUGCCGAGGAGUUUGAGAAGGCUCAGGGACUGUUUGAUGAGAUGAUCGUCAAGGGACAGCUUCCAAACGUAUUUACAUACAAUAUCAUGAUUCGUGGUUUCUGCAUGGCAGGGAAGUUUGACAAGGCAUGUUCAAUGCUGAAAGAAAUGGAAUCCAGAGGUUGUAAUCCAAAUUUCCUUGUGUAUAAUACCCUAGUCAGUUAUUUGCGGAAUGCAGGAAAGUUGUCUGAAGCACAUGAAGUGAUUCGACACAUGGUUGAAAAGGGGAAAUAUGCACAUCUAGUGUCAAAAUUCAGAAGAUAUAGAAGAUGCUAGCACAGAAUUGUGCAAUUCGGAAUAAUUCAGUUGUAACAUUACUGGGAACAUGCUUGUCAAUUCAGCCCUCUUGACAGCAUGUGCCUGCUGCCUGUAAUAGUGUCAAGGAAAUGGUCCUAACCAUUUCAUGAGACUUCCAAGAAUUGAGAGUUUAUAAGUCAUAAAGUUCUGCAGAGUUUUGAGUGGAGGAUGGGAGAGAUAAAGUUGAGGUGGUUGUGGCAUAGAUACAAUGAAGGAAGACAACUGAGAACAGAGGUGUUGAUAGAAGUUGGGAAUAAUGGUCAAUGGAUGGUGUUUUGGCUGGCUGCAAGGAGCUUGUGAAUGAUAACUGUAUAAAAUAUUCAGAGCAUUAUGGCUAAUAAGGUUAGACAGUGGAGGCAGUUAGGAUGGUAAAGCAAUUGAGAGGUGCAUGGGCAUGGUGCUAUAUCUCCAGCUGCUUGUGAUGCUAAUGGAGGUGGCGGCAGCAAUGCCGUAUAUGGUAGAAACUGCGAUGAUUGAUGUUUUGAUGAAGGCAUUUAGACAGAAUUGUCAAAUAUGACGUGGACAGUAUCCCGUAGCAGCCAGGUUAUUGCAAUGUUGCCAAGGGUGGUAGUAGGUAUCUUCAUUGUUGUGGACCUUGUGAUUCUGCUGUUGAAAGCACCGGCAAUGACAGCAACAUGAUGGAGACCUAUUUGGAAAUAGAGUAAUUCUCUUGUUCUCUAGAGUCGUUCUACGGGUAUCUGAUCUUUGUUUCUCACUCGAUUUGCUGUACGCCCAUAUGGUCAUAAAUCUAGAAUCAAGGCUGCUAUUGACAAAAGGAGAUCAAAGUUCUACCGUCUUUUUGGUCAAAUUUCUUACUCUAGAAUGAAGCCUGCUAUUGACAUUAAGUCAUUAAUGCACUUGUUACAGUCAAAAGUUGUAAUUUUUUAGUACAACAGGGUAUUGGUAGUUUGUUGAUUGUUGGAAGAGAUGGAACAGGCUGAAUAAGAAACUUUAUGAGAAUAGAUCCAAUAGCUAAUGUUAGAGAUGAUGAUUUGUUCUCGGAACCCUAAUCCAAUGCUCUUCAGGUUUAGUGUGAAAAGAGGAGUGAUGAUAAUUGAUUGAUGACCUGUAAUCUGUUACUACCAUUAUCAUUCCAGCUAAGGAGUUAGACUGUUUGAUAUUCUUCUGUCCAAAGAAUGGCGUCUUAUCAACCAUCAUAUGACAUGAU